GCCCGCGCUGCGGGGCGGGCGGCAGAUGCCAUGUUGCCUCUGAAGAGGGGACAAACACCUUCCAGAAGAGCCAUGAACUGCUACUGGAAAGUCCUGGCCAUUUUUUUGCUGUUUCUCCCAGCUGCAUUGCUUAUCCAGCCAACCCGGCCCAGAGUGUUGCUGGUAUCAUUUGAUGGAUUUCGAUGGGAUUACAUCUAUAAAGCCCCAACUCCCAAUUUUCAUUAUGCCAUGGAGAAUGGUGUCCAUGUCAAACAGGUCACGAAUGUGUUUAUAACAAAGACGUACCCUAAUCAUUAUACGAUGGUGACUGGUCUCUAUGCAGAAAGCCACGGUGUAGUUGCUAAUGAGAUGUAUGAUCCUGUUCUGAAUGAAACUUUCUCUCUGAACAACAUGGAUAUCCAUAACUCCAAGUUCUGGGAAGAAGCCAGCCCAAUAUGGAUAACAAACCAGAGGGAAGGACAUAAAACUGGAGCAGCUAUGUGGCCUGGGACAGAUGUGAAAAUACAUGGAGUCUUCCCUACGUAUUAUAUGCCAUACAAUGAAUCUGUUUCCUUUGAAGAUAGAGUUGCUAGGCUUAUUGACUGGUUUACAUCAGAAGAACCUAUAAACUUUGGUCUCCUCUACUGGGAACAGCCUGAUGAGAUGGGCCAUAUUCUGGGCCCAGAAAACCUACGUAUGGGAGAGGUAAUUAGUGAUAUUGACAAAAAGCUGGGAUAUCUUCUGUCUGAACUGAAGAAGGCCAAGCUGUGGGAUGUGAUAAAUGUCAUAAUCACAAGUGAUCACGGAAUGUCACAGUCCUCCUCGGAAAGGCUCAUUGAGCUUGAUCAGUAUGUGAGCAGAGAUCUCUAUAAAGUCAUUGACCAUUCUCCUGUGGUAGCAAUUUUGCCAAAAGAAGGCAAACUGGAUGAAGUAUAUGAAGCCCUGACCAAUGCUCAUCCCAACAUGACUGUAUAUAAAAAGGAGCAGAUUCCAGAUAGAUUUCAUUACAAACACAACAGCAAAAUUCAGCCAAUCUUAGCAGUGGCUGAUAUAGGAUGGGAAAUUGUAUGUAAUAAGUCUGAUGGUUUUCAACUUGGUAAUCAUGGAUAUGACAACAUCUUACCAGAAAUGCAUCCCAUUUUUGUGGCAGUCGGGCCUGCUUUCAGAAAGAAUGCCACCAAAGAAGCCAUGAAUGCUACAGACUUGUACCCCUUAUUGUGCCAUCUACUUGGUAUUAAUCCACUGCCAAACAAUGGUUCCUUCAAUGCUGUGAGAGAUAUACUUGCUGAAGAAGUUCCUGCAGCCUUUGGAGCAGACACCUAUGCUACUGCUGUAGGAGUCUUUCUGGGCAGCUUCCUUGUGAUGGUUUUUAUUGUAGUUUUUUUUAAGCAUUUUUUGCACACCCAAGGAAACGCCAUGCAAAUGCAACAUACUGAAGCUGCCCAGCCACUGUUGCAAGACUAGUAACACUUGGUACUACUUCCUGAUUGAUGCUUAAACUAAACUACAAAAGUAUGAAUAAAGGUGGAUCAGCAUAGAUAUAUGGAGGAAAAGAAACUGGAUGCUGAUCCAUUGGUACACUGAAGUACAUAUGUACCAGGUAUGCAGAGAAGGAGGAUGUUUCUGUUUCACCCUACAACCAUGUCAUCUUGCAGGGGUUGAAAAUUCUAGGUAAACCUGGAAAGUUGUAUGUGUAGACAUGUGAUGACAAUAAACCUUGGGUACCUCACUCUGAGCUGCUUUUAGGGAAAGAUCAUCAACAGAGGUGCACAUCACAGACUAAUUACAUGUGAUUUCAUUUCCCAGGGGUUUUUUGGAUUGUUUUUUGAGAGAGAGGGUUUUUUAUGUCUCUAAGAAGUCACUGUAUGUUACUAGACUUCAUUUUUUUCUUCCCUGCCCAAGGAAGCUUUUGCAUGGACCACCAUUACAUACAGGUAGCUUGAUGGAUUAAAUCCUGCUGAAACCAACAUUAUUAUUAUUAAGCUAGGUCAUACAGUACUAAGUGUCUAAGUUUAGAGUUAAACAUAUUUCUUUAAACACUGUGUAAAUUGUAGUCCCAAAAUAUGAAUCUAGGUGGUAUUACCUUUAGCAAUUAAAUAAAUGCCUUUAGCAUUAUAAUGCCUUUAGCAUUAAAUAAAUAUAUUUCUUUUUUUUUUUUUUUUAGGUAAAUAUAGGUCUUUAUGGUUUUACGUGUGAUUUUAGGUAAAUGUAGGUCUAUACUUUUUGGUUGUUUCCUGUACACUGGACUGAAUUUUCUAGGAAUUCCACUCAGCUGGCAGUUUAACACUGCAAUACAAGCACAACACCAGAUCUGUUACUGGAGACUCUUCUCAGGCUUGAGCUUGGCUUGCUGUUUGUGUUUGAUCUGGUAUGUCUGGGUGGAUCUUAGAAUUUGAUGAGUAGGAUGAGACACACAGUUUAAAGAACAGCUGUAUGAAUUUCAAGCCAUAAAUACUCUUAAAGCUGAGAAAAUACACUUUAAUAUGAAACAAGGCAUUAGACUGGAGUUUGUUUUGCCAGAGGAAAGUCGCUGUCAGGGAAAAUUACUAAUUCUGAGUCAACAAAACUUUAUUGCUCUGAUUCUUUUGUGUGGGGCAAGAAAUAUUGCUGUUGUCGCUGUGGGUUGUUUGAUCAGCUCACUUAAUGGUAGGUGAGAAGAUGCUGACUAAGGUUUGUAUGAAAAAUAUGGUAUGAGGUGAGGAAAGUUGUCUAGUUGUCAUGACUUGUUCAGAAGCUGAAUUUUUUUUCCCUCCCUGUGCGAGUUAGUAUUUCUCUGCACUUUGCUUCUGAUUACACUGCCUGAAGGAGAAAGAAACUCUUCCAGAAUUCACACAAAUAGUCUGGUAUUUCUGUGAGUGCAGCUGAUUGCUUUGUGCACAGCACCCAGCAGAGGGGAAAGAUGGGAACACCUUGGCCCUGGAUGUGCUCUGUCAAACUAAUGAUGUGACUAACAGUCCAGUGCUGCCAUGGAGAGGGUUGCUAGCAGACCUAGCAGGGAGCUGCAAGGAGCUGACACACUGAAGUUAAAAACUCAUUUUGCUGAACUUAAUUCCCAACUAAAUAACAUCUAGGCGAGUUGAGAAGUGAGCUUAUUUCUUGCUGCCUCAGUCAUGACUGCAGUGCCAUUCUGUGAACUGCCUGGUCAUCACUGGGUCAGAAGUGAUCUGUUGGAUUCCUCCAUGAUGGCAGGGACACUUGCUUAGCAUUAAGCUGUCUUGCAAACAGAUGUGCAGCUUCCAGAGACCAUAGCUGGGUGUAGUGAACACUUGAGAGGGAAGGCAAUUAAGUACUGCUGAAAGUCUAGCUGUGAUAAUGGCUUUAGGAUGGCAGGAAACUAGCAGGACAACCCCUUAAUUUGGGGGAUUUGUAUGAAGUCUCAUGUAACUUAAUCUGAUUUAUCUCUGCAAUUUUGCUGUUUCUGUUCUGUGUGCUGCUUUGUUGUCCUAUAUCGUUUUCUUAAGAAAACACUGAAGCAAAACAUCUGGAUUAGGCAUGCCUGCCCCUGUGAAGCUGAUUCUUGGUGGAGCUGACCAUUUGGUAUGUCUUCAGUUUAAUUUGCUGAUGCCAGCUAAAGCUGAAUGCUGCCGGGGCUUUAGAAACUGAAAGAUAAAAGCAGUGAUGGUCUUCACAGUAGUUUGUAGAGAGGCUGGGGAAGACUGAGGAGAAAACCUCGACCUCUGAGUCACUUUCCUAGCUACCUUGCAAAACGUGGAUUGCAGACAGCAAAUUACUGCAUUGAGUCCACCUUUUCUUAUUUCCAGCUGAAAAACUAAUUGUAGCACAAAUUCAGUGUGUGUCUGAAGAAGGAUCUACAGGCUUGGUUAAGGGAAUAGCAGUGAAAACUGAACAUACUACAGUCCUCACCUGUAGCUAGGUCAGUUCCACAGUUUCUUACUUUGGAACAUGCUGCUUUAAUAGAAAUUAUUCUUAUAGCAGUAAUUUCAUAGCAGUGCUUAUGGCAGAUAUAAAAACAACUGAAUUGUAAUCUCAGAGGUGUUCAUUAAACUACCACUUUUUAAAUUGUGACAGGUGUAGUUCUAUCAUCAGCCAGAGUAACCUUUGAUUUUAAGGAGAGGACAGAGUUGGUCAGCAUUGUUCAGUCAUCCCAGGACUUAGACUUACCUGCCAAAACAUGCAAUGAGGGAAGAAUAGGAGGUUUGAGAACAGUAAUAUUACAAUAAAUUGAUGACUUCUUGAUGUCAUUGUUCUGUAUUACACUGUAAGGCCCCUUCUUUGAGGAGGGUAAAAUAAACAUUGUAGAGAACUGAAUGGACUUUCUCAACAUUCCAGUAUUUCAGUUUAGGUUUAAAUGUGUUUCCUGUGUUGCUACCGUGGAUUUGCAGGGACCUCUUGGCUGGUUUCCUUGUUAGGAUAUUUGCCUGGCCAGUGAUAAAACACUGUUUUAAAUUGUUGGGUGUAUGCUUAAUGAAAUAGAAAGCACAUCUGAUGCCACUGGAGAAAAACAUCAACCUUUUCUCUGAUGUCAUGUGAGGUUUUUUCAGACUACCUUUUGUUUGGGGAGGACGUGGGGUUUGGUUUCUGGAUAUAUGAUACAUUUUAUGUUGUAUGAACAAGUUUAUUGGAAAGUGGAUUUGAGUACACUGUAUCCUACUUGCAGCUUCAGCUUGGAAACUGAGAAGCUUGCAUGAUUUUGUCUUUAAUUAUUGACCUGUGAAGCAUAUUUUGAGAUGUUAAAGGUUUUGUUUGUUCCUGUUUGGAAAUGGUGAAGUCAAAAUAUAUCUUUGCUGUAAGUGCUA